AUGGAUGUUACAUGUAAUCUGUCUCGGUUAAAUGUGUUUUAUGGGGGUGAAGUCUCUGGUUGCAGGGGACUGGAAACGCUGAAAUACGGGCACUCACACUGCAAAUUUUUUGGAGAUUCAAGACUUCUCUCAAAAGAAAAUUCACCAAAGAAGUUAAAGAAACAAAGUUCACAUUCUUAUAGUUCGGCCAUUCCAAGUACUCUUAAUAAGGGCAAUCUCCGGUUUUGGUGUUAUGGUUUUAAUGGUUCUUCCUUUAAAGACACUGGCGGUAUUCCUAUAAUUUCAAAACAGGUGAGCCUGUCACGGUGUCAGAGAAAUGGAUCAGCUGCUUAUGUAAAUGGAAAUGGCAGAGAUGCAGAAGCCAUUGAGACUGGUGGCAAUGCCCUUGAUUCUACUGCCUCAGGAGAAAUGCCAGCUGAAGAAGGAGUUGACACUCCCAGUUUGGAUGAAUUGAGGGAAUUGUUGCGGAAGGCAUUGAAAGAUUUAGAUAUUGCUCGUCUAAGCAGUACAAUAUUUGAGGAAAAAGCUCAUAAGAUAUCAGAAGCUGCUAUAGCAUUGAAGGAUGGAGCUAAAAAUGCUUGGGAUAACGUAAAUACUGCCCUUGGUAAUAUCCAAGAGGUUGUAAAUGAAGAAGCUAUCACCAAAGAAGCUGUUCAGGAAGCAACAAUGGCCCUCUCUUUGGCCGAGUCUAGACUUCAAGUCACUGUUGAUUCACUAAAACUUGCAAAAGAAACCAAUGGGUCCACUAAAGCUUCUACUGAACUUGAUUCCGAGUAUGGAAGUGGAGAAGAGUCAAGUGAGGAGGAAGCACUUUUGGCUGCACAGCAGGACAUAAAAGAAUCUCAACAACAUCUAGCAAAUUACGAGGCUGAGCUCAGAAAGGUGCAGAGCAGAAAAGAAGAAUUGCAAAAGGAAUUAGAAAGGUUGAAUGCAGUGGCAGAGCAAGUACAAUUUGAUGCUUCUAAAGCCGAGGAAGAUGUGGCAAACAUAAUGCUUUUAGCAGAGCAAGCCGUGGCCCACGAGCUAGAGGCUGCACAGCGUGUUGAUGAUGCUGAAAUUGCACUGCAAAGGGCUGAAAAGAACCUUGCUCUUUCCAGUAUAGGUACUCUAGAUUCUGGAGUUGAGGGAACUAGUGCCGGUGAGAUGUCUCGAGGAAGUUCUGCGGAUAGUGUUGUGGAGGCAGAUAGGGAAUUUCCAUCUGAUGCUGCAGGAUCACUUGAACCUUCACCUGGUUCCCAGUUGGAUGGAAUAUGUUUGUCGGAGGAGAAUGAGAUGGUGAAUGGAAAGAUACCUGUGGAGAUUGAAGCUGAUGCUAAGAAGUUAAAAACUAUUCAGAAUGAGGAAGAGUUUACGCCAGGUUCAGUUUUUCGUGGUCUUUUGGAGUCUGCUAGAAAGCAGUUGCCUAAGCUGGUUUUCGCGUCACUACUUUUAGGAGCAGGAAUUGCUUUCUAUGUGAAACGACGUGAAAGAUUUCAUCAGCUAUUCCAUCAGCCUGAUAUCAUCUCCACUAGCAUUGAUGAAGUAUCAACUAGUGCAAAGCCUCUGGUUAAAGAGAUAAGGAAACUUCCUGCCAAAGUGAAGAAACUAAUGGAGAUGCUUCCCCAUCAAGAGGUAAACGAGGAGGAAGCGUCCCUGUUGGACAUGUUGUGGUUACUGCUUGCAAGUGUCAUAUUUGUGCCCAUUUUCCAGAAAAUACCCGGAGGCAGUCCAGUUCUUGGAUAUUUGGCUGCUGGAAUUUUAAUUGGACCUUAUGGCCUCUCUAUCAUUCGCAAUGUACAUGCAACUAAGGCAAUUGCUGAAUUUGGGGUUGUCUUCUUGCUAUUUAAUAUUGGACUUGAGCUCUCUGUUGAAAGACUAAGUUCCAUGAAGAAAUAUGUUUUUGGUCUGGGCUCUGCUCAGGUCUUAGUGACAGCUGGUGUUGUUGGCUUGCUUGCUCAUUAUGCUGCUGGUCUGGCUGGUCCUGCGGCGAUUGUCGUAGGCAAUGGACUCGCAUUAUCCUCAACUGCUGUUGUCCUUCAGGUAUUGCAGGAACGUGGUGAGAGUACAUCACGCCAUGGGCGGGCUACAUUUUCUGUAUUACUCUUUCAGGAUUUGGCUGUCGUGGUUUUGCUUAUACUGAUACCGCUUGUUUCACCUAGUUCAUCUAAAGGAGGGGUGGGAUGUCAAGCCAUUGCUGAAGCUCUUGGAUUGGCUGCCGUGAAGGCUGUUAUUUCCAUCUCAGCCAUAAUAGCGGGAGGACGCUUGCUGCUUCGCCCAAUUUAUAAGCAAAUUGCUGAAAAUCAGAAUGCAGAAAUAUUUUCUGCAAAUACUCUUCUUGUUAUCUUAGGUACUAGUCUUCUAACUGCCAGGGCUGGCCUUUCCAUGGCUUUAGGAGCAUUUUUGGCUGGCUUGCUUCUAGCAGAAACAGAAUUCUCAUUGCAGGUUGAAUCUGAUAUUGCUCCAUAUCGUGGACUUCUGUUAGGUCUCUUCUUCAUGACGGUUGGAAUGUCCAUUGACCCGAAACUUCUUCUUUCAAACUUCCCAGCAAUCUCAGGGAUAUUAGGGCUUCUUCUUGCUGGAAAAACUAUUUUGAUCGCUCUUGUUGGGAGACUUUUUGGUAUUUCAGUGGUAUCGGCGAUACGAGUUGGUCUUCUACUUGCACCGGGAGGAGAGUUUGCUUUUGUUGCCUUUGGGGAAGCCGUUAACCAGGGAAUAAUGUCCUCGCAGUUGUCAUCGCUCCUAUUUCUUGUAGUUGGGAUUUCGAUGGCUCUGACUCCGUGGUUAGCUGCUGGAGGUCAACUAAUAGCAUCUCGUUUUGAGCUGCACGAUGUUCGAAGUCUGUUACCUGUUGAAAGUGAGACAGAUGAUUUGCAAGAUCAUAUAAUUAUAUGUGGUUUUGGACGUGUUGGGCAGAUUAUUGCUCAGCUUCUCUCUGAACGACUGAUUCCAUUUGUUGCCCUUGAUGUCAGGAGUGACCGAGUAGCAACUGGACGUUCACUUGACCUCUCCGUGUACUUUGGUGAUGCCGGUAGUCGGGAGGUUCUCCAUAAAGUUGGUGCAGAAAGAGCAUGUGCAGCAGCAGUAACUCUAGAUAGUCCUGGAGCUAAUUACAGAACUGUUUGGGCUUUGAGCAAGUAUUUUCCCAAUGUCAAAACAUUUGUCCGUGCUCAUGAUGUUGAUCAUGGCCUAAAUUUAGAGAAAGCCGGGGCAACAGCGGUUGUUCCUGAGACUUUGGAGCCAAGUUUGCAAUUAGCAGCUGCUGUCCUUUCACAAACGAAACUGCCGAUGUCUGAGAUAGCAGCUACCAUUAAUGAGUUCAGAUCCCGCCAUCUCUCUGAGCUUACGGAGCUCUCCGAAUCCACUGGAAGCUCACUUGGGUACGGUUUCUCACGAAUGAUGACAAAACCGAAAUCUCAACCAUCGGAUUCUGUAGACGAGCAUUUGCCUGAAGGAACUCUGACAGUUUGA